CCGGAGCUGGUGCACGUUUUCCGUCCAAGCAGGUUUCCCCGAUCGAAGAAUAUCGAGGAUGCGAUGGGCGAGGGCGAGAGGGACCGUUUCGGCAAAAGGCAGAAGUCCGCCUACCGAAUUGACAAAUCAUCCUCGGAUACUGAGCUAGCGCGAGGAAAAAAUAAGGGUCGCAAACCCAAAGUCAAGGAAAAAUGGCCCUUUGUCGAAGGAUUGACGGUCGACGAACUUGCUCGAUUUCGAAGGAAAAAAGUCCAGGACCAGCCAAAGGAUACUUUGGGAGUAUGUCAACCAGAGGACGUAAUCGAUGGUAUAGUUACUGAAUAUCGUCGAGCUUUUUGUGCCAGUAGUGAUGACAUCUUUAAAAUAAGCAAGGAAAACCUCUCUCCCACAAGGAGCAAAAGAUCCGAGGACUAUUUGCGAACAGAUGAUUCAUUAAUUCCAAAUGAACCCCUCGAAAAUCAAAAUCAGUUAGAAUCAAAUUCAAAAAAGCCGGAAGAACUGCCAACAAAUUUAACUUUAACUGAUGGCCAAGCAAUUAUGGAGACUGAAAUAAAUCCCUCGAGAUGUAUCACGAAUUCAAAACUUGUACGAAAACCCUCCCCUAAAAAAAGAGCUACAAAAUUAAAACGUGAGGGUGAUAUUUACAACGAAACAGAAUAUUCACAAUUUGUGCCCCACGAAGGUUUUCACAAACCAGAUUUGUUGCGAAGGCCAACAUCUUUAAAGCUGGAAGGUGAAAUGCAGACUAUGACCGAAAAGUGCGAAAAGUUUAUUGAGUGGCUUAAUGUUAGUCGACCUGAGCUUAUUAAAUUACCGAACAAUCUUAAACUUGAAGGAGAUUUUGAGACCACGACCGAGUCUCAUGACAGUUACGUCCCUUUUGUUGGGGUACGAAGACCAGAAAUACUGAGGCAAUGUUCCCAGUUGAAACUCGAAGGGGAAGCAAGCUUCUUUCCUGAGUAUUCUGAAGUUUUCAAGAAUUAUGAUCUCAGAGGGAGACGAGGACUAAAGAAACCGGAAACACAUCUAAGAACAGGUGGAGAUUUUUACCAAACAACUGAGGCUUCCCAGCAAUUUUUAAGUCCGCGUUCAAGAGAAGCUAAGUUAAUGAAUGAUCUUGUAAAAGAUUUAGAAGAUGAAGAAGAAAAGAAGAAAAAAGAAGCGGAGGAUAGAGAAGAAGAGGAUGAAAUCAAGCGUAAAAAAGAAGAAGAGAUGAAGAUGCUCGUUUCGAAACUCGAAGACCUGAAGGGUCCUCCACUUGGAAUUGCCGAAUAUACAGCAGCCUACAAGGUCUUUCCGAGAGAGAGACCAAAGCUAAUGAAGCCAGAAGAUGAAAUCGGCAGGGCUGAUGGUUCCAAGAUCUCAUCAUCACCAGUGCACAUAAAGUUCGCGUCAAAAAUUGAUCAGGAUCCAGAAUACAAAUCAAAGUACCUAGAUUCAUCUCAUGAUCGACCAGUGUACCGAAAACCACCCCUAACAUUAAAACCUGCGCUGGUGUCUUCCAGUCGAGCAAGUGCAAACGCCAGCAGAAUGAGCUUCCAAGAAUCGAGACGACAUGAGCAAGAGCUAAAAAGUGAGGUCAAAUCACAAUAUGUGCCUUAUGGUCAAAUACCUAGAGUUGAAACUGUGAGGAUGCCAACAAAUCUACAUCUGGAGGGAAAUUUGGACCUCAAUCCUGAAUAUAAAAAUGCUUAUUGCUCUAAACGUGAAUCUCUAGUUUCCAACGAGCCUAGGAUGCACAGACAUCGACAACGCAAUAUCAGUGCUUCCAAAAACAAGGACAAUUAUUGGAGGAACAAUAAUAACAGUGAGCAAUUUGGCAGGAUCAAUGCUGCUGAUGAUCAAGACGCGUUUCAAAUCCUGAGCACCAGAGUUCAUGAGGAGAGCAUCGUUGGAAAACCUCCUACUGGUAGUAGAAGAGGAUCCAGAUCAUCUAUAACACAGCGCCCAUCUGUAGACGCAGGAGAUCGAUCAAUCCUGCGAAAUCGAUCACCAAGUCCAACCUUUCGUCUUCACGUUACAAAUGUGGACGACGAACCCAGAGGUUUUGUCCGCCGGCGAAGAUCUUCGUCUGUACAGUCUUCCGAGAAGAUACGCACGACUCAUGAUGUAGAAGAUACUGAUGAAUCUCAGAGGCCUUAUUCCCCCAGUUUUGCUAAAGAAAUAAGGGGUUAUAGUGCCAACGGCCAAGCAUUCGUCGUGUUAGACAAUGGCGUGAAUGAAACUCCUAAAAUAAAUAAUAACAAUCUAAAUGAAAAACGUAGAAGAAGAACUGACAGCAAUUUUAGUGUAGAAAGCUCUUUACCUAUAAGAACUAGUCGAACCAGGAAUAAAACUCCUCCUAACUGGAUGCCAACUUGGUACGAGAGCAGUAGUAGUUCUACUGGGAAAAUCGAAUAGAAACGAAUAGAAGAGUAUAUUGCAUGUCGUCAAUUUAUUAGUAAUUUUUAUCAAGCAGAAGAACGAAUAGAGUUUCAGAGAUACUUACCGGUAAAAUUGUUUUGCAAAUCCGUCCGGCUAUACUGUAUAAUAGUAUAUCCUUUUGAUAUAGAGCCUAUUUUUUUCUAUACGAUUCCACAUUUUUAAUCGCAAUUAGAAAAAAGUAAAGAUUCCAGAAUUUUGUAUGCGUCUUUCUUUUUAUACGCUAAUC